CAAUGGAGGAGCUGGAUGGAGAUGAGGUGCGAGUUUCCUCCAGAGGACGUCUAGCUGAGAGAGACAUUGUUCAGUUUGUGCCGUUCAGAGACUACAUAGACAGAUCUGGUAACCAGGUUCUCAGCAUGGCCCGAUUGGCUAAAGAUGUCCUCGCUGAAAUUCCCGACCAGUUGCUGUCUUUUAUGAAGAGCCGAGGAAUUGAACCACGACCAUCCAUGUCCUCUUCCCCUCUACCGGCACUGCAUCGGCACAUCUGACCCCAGACAUAUCUCUUUACCCUGUCUCUGUCUUUCCCUCUUAAACAAAUCAACCAGCUCACUUACAGUUGUAUGUCACUUUAAAAGAAAACAAAGAGCAACUUGUUCCUUUUUCAUCCCUGGUAGGGUUCAACAA